AAAAAAACCCAACAACAAAUUUCCCUAUUUCGUUGAAAAAAAAAAAAAAAAAGAAAACAUCAAGCUUUUUCUCUCUUUUUCUCUAAGUUUGUCUCCGCCAGCUCUAUUCUUGAUUGCUAAAGCGGUGAAAAAUCUCUCUUUUAAAAUGGAUAUCAAGAUUGGAUCACUCGACACCUGUAAACCGACUUCCAACGACGUUGGCAGUCCACCAAAAAGCGCGGUUGCCACCCUUCAAAACUCCGUUUCCCCCACCGUCAUCAACUCCCCAGAAGCCACUAUUGGCCGCCACUUAGCUAGACGGCUUGUUCAGAUUGGAGUAACUGACGUUUUCUCUGUUCCAGGGGACUUUAACUUGACUUUGCUUGACCAUUUGAUAGCUGAGCCAGGGCUUAACUUGAUUGGUUGCUGUAACGAACUCAACGCUGGAUACGCAGCUGAUGGUUACGCCAGGUCACGUGGCGUUGGCGCUUGCGUUGUGACGUUUACCGUUGGUGGACUCAGCGUUUUGAACGCGAUCGCUGGUGCUUAUAGUGAGAAUCUGCCUCUUAUUUGCAUUGUGGGUGGACCAAACUCCAAUGACUAUGGAACUAACAGGAUUCUUCACCAUACUAUCGGGUUGCCUGAUUUUAGCCAAGAGCUUAGAUGUUUCCAGACAGUUACUUGUUAUCAAGCUGUGGUGAAUAACUUGGAGGAUGCUCAUGAAUUGAUCGAUACAGCUAUUUCAACUGCUUUGAAAGAAUGCAAGCCUGUUUAUAUAAGCAUCAGCUGCAACUUAUCAGCAAUUCCUCACCCUACUUUUAGCCGCGACCCUGUUCCGUUUUCACUCUCUCCAAAAUUGAGUAAUAAGAUGGGAUUAGAGGCGGCUGUGGAGGCAACAGCAGAGUUAUUGAACAAGGCGGUGAAACCCGUAUUAGUAGGUGGACCAAAGCUGCGUGUUGCAAAGGCGUGCGAGGCUUUUGUUGAGCUGGUUGAUGCUAGUGGUUAUGCCCUGGCCGUGAUGCCAUCAGCUAAAGGGCUUGUCCCUGAGCAUCAUCCUCAUUUCAUUGGGACAUAUUGGGGUGCUGUUAGUACUGCUUUUUGUUCUGAGAUCGUUGAAUCUGCUGAUGCUUACUUAUUUGCUGGACCUAUUUUCAAUGACUAUAGCUCUGUUGGGUACUCUCUGCUUCUUAAGAAAGAGAAGGCCAUUAUUGUGCAGCCUGAUCGUGUAGUGGUUGCUAAUGGGCCUGCAUUUGGUUGUGUUUUGAUGAAAGAUUUCCUUAGAGAGCUUGCCAAGAGUCUCAAGCGCAAUAAUACUGCUUACGAGAAUUACCAUAGGAUUUUUGUUCCUGAGGGGCAUCCUUUGAAGUCAGCACCUAAAGAGCCUUUGAGGGUUAACGUUCUGUUUCAACAUAUACAGAAGAUGCUCUCUAGUGAAACUGCUGUGAUUGCUGAAACAGGGGAUUCUUGGUUUAACUGCCAGAAACUGAAAUUGCCUAGAGGAUGUGGGUAUGAAUUCCAAAUGCAGUAUGGAUCAAUUGGCUGGUCAGUUGGUGCCACUCUUGGGUAUGCACAGGCUGUUCCAGAGAAACGUGUAAUUGCUUGCAUUGGUGAUGGUAGUUUCCAGGUGACCGCGCAAGAUGUGUCAACAAUGCUGCGAUGCGGACAGAACACCAUAAUAUUUCUGAUAAACAAUGGUGGUUACACCAUUGAAGUUGAGAUUCAUGAUGGACCAUACAACGUGAUAAAAAAUUGGAACUACACUGGCUUAGUCGAUGCAAUUCAUAAUGGUGAAGGCAAGUGCUGGACAGCCAAGGUUUUUUGUGAGGAAGAGCUCAUUGAAGCAAUUGAUAUGGCAACCGGAGCCAAGAAAGACUGCUUAUGUUUUAUUGAGGUGAUAGCUCACAAGGAUGAUACUAGCAAAGAGCUGUUGGAGUGGGGCUCUAGGGUCUCUGCUGCCAAUAGUCGUCCCCCAAAUCCUCAGUAAACUCUUGGCGCUGCCUUCAGCAGGGAAUUCUAUUAGCUUUAACCUUUCAAGUACAUGAGAAUUUCUCGCAUUACUGUGUGGAUGAGUUAAAUCUGUAUUUUCAACAUCUUGUGUAAUCUGCGGAGUGCUAGCUGAUGUUUGCGUACAUUCGCUUUUAAUUUCAUUUCUAGUAAUGAAUGUUUUGGUUUCAUUUC